AUGGAUAACCACGAAAAGACCGUCGACUCGUUGUCGCAGAGCGAAAAGGACACUUUACCAAAAGCGACUCGCCCUCCACCAAUUCUAUGCCUCGGCGCUCCCCGCAAUGGCUCAGCAUCACUUAUGAAAGCGCUGCAAAUCCUUGGCUAUCCCAACGUACAUCAUGGCUGGGACGCAGCUGAGCGUGAAGACCUCCAAUGGCAAUGGCCCAUCUUCGACAGAGCGUGCGACGCGACAUUCACCGUCCUCCCGACAUACCGCGGCAAACCUUUCUCCCGUGAAGAAUGGAAUGAAGUGUUUGGAGAAUACGAUGCUGUUUCUGAUGUCGCUUCUUACUUCGCUGAGUCACUCAUGCCAGCUUAUCCCGACGCCAAAGUCAUUCUCGUCGAGCGCGAUGUCGAGAAGUGGUAUCCGAGCAUGGUUGCCGUGGUCAAGAACUCAACGAGUCCCUUUUUACGAAAACUUGGAGUAAAGCUUGGUGAUCUUUCAGGGUUUACGAGUCCGAGGCCGUGCAAUAAGAUUCACCAGGGCUGGACGAGAGCACCGUCUGCAAAUGACGUUAUCGAAUACCUCAAGCCCGCGUAUGCUCGACAUAACAAGUACAUCAGAGAUACCAUACCCAAGGACCAGCUCUUGGAUUUCAAGCUUGCGGAUGGUUGGGAGCCGUUGUGCCAGUUUCUGGGAAAGGAAGUUCCCGAUGUGCCGUUUCCGCAUGUCAAUGAUUCGAAGGAGUAUGCGGAGAGGUCUAAGAGGCUGGCGAAGAAGAUGUUCAAGCUUUCUGCGAGGAACCUUAUCUUUCCUUGCUUGCGUCCUGAGCCUGUCACUAAGCCUUAA